UCCGUCAGAGAGACCAGCUUUCUCCUCUUUUGUUUCUUUUGUUUAUCUACUGUUUUAACCAAUUCCGCAAAACGGAGCGGUUUAUUGCCUUGAUUGGCGUCUAGGAUGGUAACGAGGCCUAGUGUAAGGGUCGUGGUAGCCCGGCAGCAACGUCUCAAGGCAACAAUCUUUCCGGGUCUGAAUGCCCCCACAUUAGCAGCAAUAAAAAGGAGGCGCCAGGGAGCGGGAGAGACGCAUAAGUGGGUCAGUAUUAACCGGAAUUUGUUCGCUGUUGCUCUUCCCUGUGAAGAUUCCCCGUCGAUCUUCUGCUACCGGCUGUUCCGGCAACAUUCUAGAAGGCCAAAUAAAAUACGAGUGCGCCAAACCUAUUCUGGUAUUCUCAUGCGUCAAGUCAUAGAUGACCAGGUUUCAGAAACGCCAGUUGUCUUCGCAUGGAGUUCCGGUUUCACUAUUCUUCAAUCGCAUGCUCACCAUGACGCUCGGGCUAAGCCGUUUCGUCUGAUCCUACUCUUUCAUAUCUUGGCCGUGACAAUUCGCAUUCGCUCAAACUUGCCCCCUGCUGAUGGAAAGGAUGCCGACGUAGUUUUUUGUCAUGUCUGGUACCAAGUUGACAGGCCCGGCCGUAAGGUUCAACAGUCGGAUCUCGGGUUUAUCCCCUCUCCCUCUCUCAUCUGCCUACUGAUAGUCUUCAGACCAGAAGCCGAUUCAUGUCGUCAAACCAAGCGGGGCGGGUUUUAAAGUUGAAACAUGUCCAGUUCCUUGCAGCUUCUUCUCUCUGUAAACAAAUGGCCCGCGUUUCCCUUUCAAUGUUUAUCGAUGGCCGCCAUAUGAUCCAAGUCUGACACACCCCAGGUUCCGUCUACUCAUCUUCCCUUUUAUGGCCCGUAGAAGCACGUCCGUCCCU